AUGCCCCCCAGAAUAACGGCGCUGCCGCGCCUAGGCUCCUUGAACCUCUGCCUCCGACCGGCCGCGAAGCCCACGACACCAAACUUCCUCCCCAUCGUCCAGACGGCGAACCUCUCCAUGCGCGAGAAGAAGCGCAAGGCAAAGCAGGAUCCAUACCGAUGGGCUCAGGCGCAGCAGAGAAAGGCGGCCAAUGUGGAAAGGCGCGAGGAGCUCCAGCGGGAGCGGGAGGAGGCUUGGGGUGACCCCAUCAAGGGCCGGACGACUCCCUUCCUCGAGUCCCUUGACUCGGCCGGUCAGAAUACCACGAGCCAGGUCGCCACGAGUGCAGAGGGUGCUGCUCCCCAGGAGCUGCCGACGUCUCCCGAAAUCCUAAACCACUUCCUCUCCAAGUGGGAGCUCGAAGAGGCUAUCAAGCAAGGACAGACCCUCACCAAGCCCAUGGUUGGCAUGGUUGAAUCACAGAUUGAGCCCGGGACUGAGGAGGACAAGAUGAAGCAGUACGAGCAGCGUCACCAAAAGGCUGUCGAGGCUCUCCGCCGCAUCACCUCCCUCGAAAACAGCAGCGCUAAGGACCGCUUCCACGCCAACGUGCGGCGCAUCGUCGCCGAGUUUGGCCGUCACAACACUGACAAGGUGCUCAAGCCCAAGGCCCUGUCCAUCACGCCCAACGAGUUGCCCAUGGCGCCGCGAGCAGGCCCUGACACGGGAAGCUCCGAGGUGCAGAUUGCCAUCCUGACGGCCAAGAUCCGCACCCUCUCCCAGGCGCUGGAGAUUAACCGCGGCUACAAGGACAAGCACAACAAGCGCAACCUGCGACUCUUGUUGCACAGGCGGCAGAAGCUGCUCAAGUACAUGGACCGCAAGGAGAGGGGGAGCGAGCGCUGGACAAACAUGAUUGAGAAGCUGGGCCUCACGCCUGCGACCUGGAAGAACCAGAUCUCGCUGUAA